GCCCCUCACUCUGUACUUUAAUGCUUGAGGCUGCUGUGUGCAUGUGUGUGGGCAUCUUGCAUGAGUGAGUAGGGUGACAGGUGGCAGGAGUAGUGCACAAACUUCUGAUGCUGAUGAUUGGCUCAGAAGCGGCACUCGGGUGUAACAAAAUCAGACAAGAGGUGGCCCAGGAGCUAAGAAUAGGUUUGGGCACAGGCUCCUGGCUUAGGCAGGGGCAUGGCAGUGCCAGCCAGGAAGUAGCCUACGGGGACAGAGUCCGGCUCAGCUCAUAAACAGCUGAUAGAUCAGAGAUCAGGGAGAGAGCAAGUACUGAGAGCCAAGGCAUUGGUGCUGGGGCCAGGAGGUGAGCUCUGGGCUCAGAGGAAGUGCCCAACUGGCAUCCAUGGCCUUCCUGGUGUCCGGGACACUGCGGGUGGCCGCGCAGAUAGCAGAUGCUCAAGACAGCCUGGGAAGAAAGGGGAAGUACAGCGUGCAGGGUCCAAGGGUGGCCUUGAACCUCAGCAGCCCUGAGGUAUCGGCCUCUACAGUGGCUAUCCUGGAGAGUGUGUUCCAGACCCUGGGCUUUGAGAGCUGCCAGAGGCGGGAGGCCUCAGUCCAGGACUUCCUUGAGGAGCUGGCUGGGUUCCGGGAGCAGCUGGAUGCCCACGGGGUCCCUAUGGGCUGUGUCCUCGUGGCCUUGGUGGCCCCCAGUGGGCAGCUGAGGCAGCCACAGAAGUUGGUUCGGGAGCUGAGUGGCUGUGAGGCCCUGCGGGGCUGCCCCAAAGUCUUCCUGCUGCUCUCAAGUGCUCCCGGGGCUGCCCCCAAGCCCGGGACCUUCCUCACUGGCUUGAGUGAACUCUGUGGCCGCUGUCCUCACUGGUCCCUGCUGCAGCUGCUGACAGAGGUCUUCUGCAGGACAGCUGGAGAGUCCUCGGGGGCCACCUACUGCCCAGUCCUUCAGAGCUCCUUGCGGGGGGCGCUGUGCCUAGGGGACGUGGAUCCCUGGGGGCCUGAGCCAGAACCCAGCCCCAGUGCUCAGUAUGACCUGUCUAGAGACAGGGCCGCCCUCUUCCUAGCCGUGACCCGGGACCGGCCGGGGGCCCAGCGUGAUGUGGAGGCUUUGGGGGGCCUGUGCCAGACCCUGGGCUUCGAGACCACCCUGAGGACAGACCCUACAGCCCAGGCUUUCCGGGAGGAGCUGGCCCAGUUCCAGGCGCGGCUGGACACCCGCAGGAGCCCCGUGAGCUGUGCCCUCGUGGCCCUGAUGGCUCAUGGGGGACCUCAGGGGCAGUUGCUGGGGGCUGAUGGGAAAGAAGUGCGGCCAGAGGCACUGGUGCAGGAGCUGAGCCACUGCAGGGCCCUGCGGGGCUGUCCCAAGAUUUUCCUGCUUCAGGCUUGCCGUGGGGGACACAGGGAUGCUGGCAUGGGGCCCACAGCUCUCCCCUGGUUCUGGCGCUGGCUGCGGGCACCACCAGCCACCCCCUCCCAUGCUGAUGUCCUUCGGAUCUAUGCAGAUGCCCAAGGCAACUCUUCUGGGGGCUUCACGCCAGGGAGCUGUGACCAAGCAGACAUCCUAAUGGUCUAUGCAGCGGCCGAGGGCUGUGUAGCCUAUCGGGAUGAGAAGGGUUCAGACUUUAUCCAGACACUGGUGGAGGUCCUCAGAGCGACCCCCGAGGGAGACCUCCUGGAGCUGCUGACGGAGGUCAACCGCCAGGUGUGUGAGCUGGAUGUGCUGGGUCCGGACUGCAAUGAGCGCCGCAAGGCCUGCCUGGAGAUCCGCAGCUCCUUGAGGCUCCGGCUCUGCCUGCAGGCCUGACUGCAGCCACCCAGUUGUGCUGACGGAGUGGCCCCACCCAGGGCCACCACCGACUCCAUCCAGCCUCAGUUCCCUCACCUCUAAAUGGGCAUCACAGCAGGUGCUGGGCUCAGCUGCAGACCUGGCCGCUGCCUUCAGGACUGUCAGAGUCCAGAUUGGGCCACAGGCCGGGAACAAGGCAUUGCCGGUUGGCGGUGCUGUGGUGGGGAAAGCACAGCGGUGCGGGGAGCAGUGGCAGCUCCUGGCCCAACGCCAGCGGGGAGCCUGCGGGAAAGCGAGGAGGGGCCUCUCCCCGCAGGAGGGGCCUGGCGGCCUGAUUGGGUCUGGAAUUCGCAGCAGCAGGACCACGUCUUCCGUCGGUGCUCAAGAGCCAUUGCAGCCGGGACCGGAGCCCCGCCCACACGGAGCCCGAGGGGCUGGGGGUGGGGAAGGAAAGAGUGGGGGGCAGAGCUCCUAUUCUCUCUGAGCGCGGACACCGAUGCACACCACGCAGGCGCCUAGGCAAGCUUUAUGGAAAAAGCCGUACAGCGUUUUUUUCACAGGGCCGCGUGGCCUAAUGGAUAAGGCGUCUGAUUCCGGAUCAGAAGAUUGAGGGUUCAAGUCCCUUCGUGGUCGCUGCUGAGGUUGGUUUUUCUCCCUCCGCUUAAUAUUUUCCCCUCUAAGAGCCCGGAGUUAUCCAUGGCGACUCCAUCAGCGCCGGCGGGAAGCAACCGGACUGCGGACCCCGAAUACUGGGAACUGCAUGAAAUACAGUUCAGAUGAAGAAAACUGUCCCAGAGGAGGUUUCGGGCUGUUGAGGGAGGUAUCGAAUAGAGGAUUUGCCCCAGGAUGCCUUUUAAAAUGUAAGAGAUUAUUGUGAUGAGAAAGGUUUGGAAAUAGUGGUAAUGGCUGCACAAUAUGUGAAUGUAAUUGAUACCACUGAAUCGUGCAUUUAAAAAUGGUUAAAAUGGCAAAUUUAACUAUAUAUAUAU